AUGCUGGCAGAUGCUUUCGUAAAGGCCCAUGCCGGUCCCAUCAAGGUUAAGAUGAGGAAGUCAGACCUUUUCAAGGUCAAGCAGAUGGAUAACGAGAUCCUUAAGGAGUUCGUGUUAAGGUUCCAGAUGCUACGGAUGGAUCUGCUACCAAUCGUGGAUGAUUGGGCCGUUCAGGCAUUUACUCAAGGGCUCAACCCCCGACGUUCCGUGGCUUCUCAACAGCUAAAGCAAAAUUUGGUGGAGUACCUGGCGGUCACCUGGGCAGAUGUCCACAACAAGUAUCAAUCGAAGAUCAGGGAGCUGAGGCCGGUCCGAGAUCGAUACCAGCCAUACGGCAUAGAUCAGAGAGAAAAUAGAUUCGAGCGUCACCCGAUAAGAAACGACAAGAGAAAUGAUCAAGGACCAAUCAGUCGGGGCCUGAUGAGCAAGAGCGGGUUUGACAAGAUGCUCGGGAGUAGGGAGGCACCGAGAUUAUCUGAGAAUUAUUUCAACGUAAAUGUUGCAAUUAUAGUGUCGGCCAUAGGCAUCAAAGAGACUAAGUGGCGAAGACCACUGCAGUCUGACCAUGCCAAGAGAGAUCCUAGCUUGGUGUGUAAGUACCAUGGUACUCGCGGUCAUAGGAGCGAAGAUUGUCAACAGCUAAGAGAAGAAGUUGCUCGAUUGUUCAACAAUGGGCACCUUCGAGAACUCCAAAGCGAGCAAGCCAAAAACUACUUCAGAAACAAGGACGCCAACAAACAGGUCAUACAAGAGGCAUCCUAG